AUGUCAAUAACAAACCAAGCUGCAGAACAUGCCCAGUCUCAAGUGGCAGCGCUCCGCGCCUACCCAGCGGCGCGCUCCGCGCGUGCUUUCCAGCGGCGCGCUCCGCGCACGUUAUCUGCGCCUCCGUUCGUCGCUCUCGUGCUUGAUCGUCAGGCCGUGCUCUCACGCAAUGUCGCUCGGCGCUCGCUGGCUCCGUGGAUGCUUGUGCUGCUAAGCAAUCCAGGCGCACUUUGGCAACCGGCGGCAACGACUUGCGGCGUCAGCAUUCGAACGCUUGCGUUGAUUUGCUUGCUCCGCGGUAUCUAG